AUGGUGGGCAGAACGCGUAUCUUUCAAAUAUCUGGAAUCAAGAAUCAUCAGAAGAAAGGGGAACUGCUUCAUGGGAUCAAACUGUUGGGUGGAAAGUACUAUGGGAGCUCGAUUUACCGAGAGGAAAUGACCCAUCUCAUCGUCCACAAGGCUCUGGCCAGUGAAAAAUUCCUUGCAGCCUGCGCAGGAGGGAAAUGGAUAGUAACCCCAGAGUAUGUUCUGGACAGUGUGAAACACGGAGCAUGGCUGCCAGAAGCCUCCUAUGAGUUAAACCUCACGGCUAGGAUUCCUGGCCUUCCCAACCCUCUCCAGACAUGGAGAGACAAGGUGACCAGUGGCACUGCGUCUGGGGCGUUCCAGGGCUGGGUUGUGCUUCUUGACAUUGAUGACACAACAAGAAGAGAUAUAUUCCUAAGAAUCCUCCAGGCAGGGAGAGCUGUUGUAUACGUGGAUGAACCGGGCUCUCUCGAUAUCACACACGUGCUGACCAAACCCGCAACCAAACACCCAAGCAACUGUGAUGCACCCUGCUAUCCUGCCAGUUAUAUUGCCAAACAUCUGUUCAAGAGUGCUCUUUCCAGUUUGAACUGGUCCAUUAGUCUCCAUGAGAACUCUACUAGGGACGAGAGUCCAGCAGAGGGUGAGAAUGAAAGCGAGGAGAGUUGCAGCAGACUGGAGGACCAGAGUGAUGUUGUGAACGAACUCGUCCUUUUAGAGUUGGAAACAAAACUCAAAGACUAUAUCUCAGAACUAGAGCAGCGAAAGACAGAACUGGUGAUGGUCCCAGAGCUCCAGAGCUACUAUACGUCCAGUCCUCCGUCCCAGGCUGCAGCUGUGGACUUCAGUAACGUACACAGUUUGAUUGAGUGCGGGUUCUUCCCUCAAGCUCUUGAAGAGAUCCAGGGUUGCCUGCAGCCCAGGGUUCUUCCUCCAGCCACACUGAUACAGUCUCUCAUGCACCAUGCUCUUCACGGGGAUGCCAAGCCGUACUUCUUCGGCUUGUUCUGUACAGUUCUACACAGUAUCCUUCGCAACAACCCUACCUGUGGUUCCUCUGCCUCUGUGAAGUAUUUCUCCCAGGUCUUACAGUGCCCACAGUGUAAGAAAGGAGCCUGGUCCUUCCUGCAAACGUCAAUCAGGGUUUGCUUGUCGAGCACGCAUACCUGUCACUCGAUGCCGAGACCCGCCCAGCUGGAGCUGCUCCGUUUCCAUGGUGACCUGCAGGCCUUCAUUCUCAGGCUUUUCCAGCUGGAGCUUCACGCAGCCAGCUCUGGGAUGGGCAGCUCGCGGGCUUCGGUGGUGUACGGAAUGUUCUGGAAUGUGUGGGAGAAAACCACGCUGAGCUCCAGGGCAGUACGACAGCUGGCUGGGCUGCUGGUCGAGAUGACCCUCUGGGCCUCAUCAUCUAAAGAGGAGCGGAGGCAGAGAAUGUUGUGCACUCUCCAGGAGCUCUUCUCAGUGGUGGUGGAGUUCUGGUGUCAGGAACACUCUCAGCUCAACACCAGCCUGGUGGAGAGAGGACUGGAAGACCUAUCCCAGCACAUAGCCAUUGUCUGCCAGGACCUGCCCCCUGACACCCUGAUGGAGUUCAUUCCCAGCAUUCCCUCCAUGCGGCUCAGGAUGGUAGUGUCGGACGCGUUCUACAGGAACAUCUGCUGUAGGAAUGGCCUGAUCGCAGGAGCAGAACCUCUCUCCCUGACAAAGAUAGUGUCAUCUUACCUCAAAGCCUUGGGCAGCCUGUGUGGGCGCAAGCCGGCUGAUGCCACAGGGGGCAACACAGCCAUUGCUGCCAACUGUGCCAACCAGGGGACAGACACAGGGGUUUAUUCAGUUUCUUCCUCUCCUCUCUCUCUCUCUCUCUCUCUCUCUCUCAGUGUGGGUGGCUCAAGCUUAGGGAAAGAGAACAUCCCUAGAGGUUUGCACCGAGUCAAUGCUGCAGGAGAGACACUCCUCCAUCGAGCCUGCAAGAAAAACCAGGUGGAGAUCCUGCUCCGCAUCCUCGCCCUGCCGGGGACCGACGUUAACGUGAAAGACCAUGCUGGUUGGACGCCGCUUCAUGAAGCCUGUAAUCAUGGCAGUAGCGGGUGUGUGCGACUCUUGUUGCAACAUUGCCCCGCCCUGCUCUUACACACUCAGGUGGGCGGAGUCAGCCCAUUACACGAUGCCCUGCUCAAUGGACAUGAGGACAUUGCCAAGAUGCUGCUACGUCACGCCGGUUCCUCUCUGUUGCAGUUGCGAGAUAUUGAGGGCCGCACCCCUUUGGACCUGGUUGCCACGGUAACCCUCCGCGAGGAGCUACGGCGCUGUGCCGAAGAGGCCGACAGUGUCAGGGCUCAGGGCUCAGAGGUGAACGACCUGACCUUUGUGGAGUCCUGCUCCUGCCUGCUAAGCUGCCUGCUCCUCAGCUACCUGUCGGAUCACGGCAUCCCGACCUUUGACCUCCAAAUCACACCAUCCCCAGCCCUGUCCCUGACCCCUGAGCUGGUUCGGGCAUUGACUGGCAGGCAGGGCACAGCGGUAAAGUCUAUCUGGGGGGAUCCGCGAGCGGUCCGGUUAGCAGAAGACCUGCAGGCGCUAGUGAAUAUGCAGCAUUACAUGCAGCAGAUCAGCCCAGCAAUCAAACAGUGUCAGGCCCCACACACCAGUCUGCUGAUGAGGCUGAUACAGGACCUGACGAACGAGGGAGCAGCUCUGCUACAGGGAAACACACACCUGUGA